AUGGCAUCGUCGGUCACAAAACGACUAGCCCGGUUCACUAGUUGUGACAUUGCGGAUGCGCUCGUCGAGCUUCAAUACCCGUACGGCGGCUUCCUCGACGGCAUUCGGAUGUGGUCGCCCACUUUCUGUGCGGGGCCGAGGAAGAUGGUCGGACCGGCUGUCACGGUGAAGAUGGUGGCGGCCAGCGACACCAGCGCGCCGAAACCUGCGCGUCAUUUUGCCGACUAUAAUGAGGUCGGGAAGGUCAUGUAUGUGCAGCAGCCCAAGGCGCUCUAUUCAGCCUGCUGGGGUGGCUUGAUGUCUACGCGAGCGGCUUUCCUGGGUGCUCAGGGUGUUGUGGUGGAUGGCCGGGUGCGGGAUCUGAAGGAACAUCGCGAGAAGGAUAUCCCGGUAUUCGCCAGAGAUACCUCCAUUCUCGGUUCUAACACCUUCAGUCGGGCGUCUGAGAUUAAUGUCCCACUGCAAUUCAAGGGAGAUCUCUGGAUCCACCCUGCCGACUACCUCGUUGGCGACGUGGAUGGCGUCGCGGUUGUACCCCGUUCCUUAAUUGAACGUGUUAUUACCAUGUGUGAAGAACGCGCCGAAGUGGAUCAUAAGGUUUUCAAAGGCCUUCAUGAAGGGAUGACCAUGGAAGAGGCCGUUGCGAGGUUUCGAAAUUGA